AUGGCGCCACCGCCUACGGUGGCCUCGCUCAGCGAUCUGAGCGCGAGGGAGCUUGAUUUCAUAUUCCAUCACGUGUUCUUGCCGCCGCAGCUUCCGUCCGCGGCCGAAGAUGCAGAAACGCUGCCGGACCUAGAGGCCGCGCUCCUCACCGCAAUACAAAAAUCGCUCAAGGCCUUCGCGCUGUACUGUCCGGCCAUUAAAGGCACUCUGGAUAUGACCUCGGACGGCCUGGACCGCAUGUUUACCACAAUGACCACGGCUGGUGUGUUAAGCGAGUCAAUGGUAGCCGAAGAGCUGCAAAACCUCUGCGCAAAUCACGCCGCUGUCCUUCCACUGUACAUUCGUUCGCAAAAUGCCGGAGUUCUUGUCGCAUCUACUAACGAAGGCAUGGUCUUUGAAGUCUUCGAGAUUUCGCCGUGCAAUGCCGCGGUGAUCACUACUAAGGGCCGGCUGCUGCGUACCUUCCCUGGACCCGCUAUAGUUGUCGGCCCAGAGACAUCGCAUCAACCUGAAUUCCAGACCAUGCUGGCCUAUACACUGUCGAAGAUGAGCAGCCAGCCCGUUCGUGGAAUGCAGCCGAAAUCUCAGAAAGCGGGAGCCUCACAUGACGAGGAUCGCGAUACCACAAGCCCUGCUGCGGUGACAGAGCUGGUACUCAGCCUUCUAAGAGCAUCCGGGGAGACCAUCGAGCUCAAGAAUGUAUCGAAGUCCAUUCGCGACGAGGUCUUCUGGGAAAAAGGCGUGGAGAUUCCAUGGCGUCGCUCGCCCAUCUGGAUGUUUGCCCGCGUCUUUCUCCAUGUUACGUUCUCCAGGACAAGAGAGCACGGCGAGAACUAUUACAAGGCCUUUUUGAUGUUCUUCAUGGCACGUGUUAUGGAGACCGCACGCCGAACUUCACAGCACGGCGAAAUGCUGUACUGCAUGACUUCAAAAGUCAUGCGGCGCUUGCAUAAGCUCCCACCUGGAGUACCUCCAGCCCUGCGUAACGUUGUCUGCAAUACACUCAGCAACGCAGGUCAAGCCAUAUCCGAUACGUGGAAGACCAUCCAAGAUUCGCUCUCUCACCAACUGAGUCUCUCGGCUCUGCCAUCACUCAACUUCGCCGCGGAUUGCCAGGUCGCAAUACCAGAUUUGGAUGACUAUAUCGUGUCUUCGACCGUCGCAGUCACUCCGAAUCGGGUAGCUGGUCCAACGCUGACCACCGGUGCUAUCCAACUCAGGAAGGAUGAAAUUGCCCCGACGUUGUCGUUCUCUCCAGAAGAUCCGUACGCGAUUGCAAACCUUGAAGAAUUCGAAACAUGGGUGGCAAGUGGCCUGGCUGAGAUAGAUCUCUCUGCUGAUGAGUUCGCCUCGAAAGUCAAUAAAGGCCUGGUGAACUACCUUCAAGUAGCUGGCAAAGCGUACUCAGGCAACGCCGAGGCUCUGUCGAUCAUGGUGCUCACUGCUGUCGAAUUGUGGAUUGCUUGUGACAAGCGUUCGAUCAAGCAAUGCCCCUUGCUCAGCGAGUAUGAUCCAGAGAUUCCCAGUAGUCUACUGGAGAGCCUGGUGCUACCUUCGAAGAGUCAAUGGAUCAGGUUGCGUGUCGUUGAAGAUUAUUUGACAAGCCGAAAAAAGGAAGCGUGCUUUACCAAUGAGUAUCUUUUCCAAGGUCCUGGUGACCGUAGGCAUGGAAACGAUUUUGCGAUCCGGUACUACACUCGGUAUGAUAAAGAGAGAGGAUUGGAACGCUUUCAGAAUACGUUGCUUCAACGUGCGCAACAAGACAGGGAUGCCAAAAUUCUGGAGCUGGAGAACAAGCGGUCGCAGUAUAUCCAAAUGAAGCGCUCAUGGGAGCAGAGCACUUGCGACACCAAGACGGUAUCAAUAUUGACUCAGCGAGGAAGUGUGCGAGUGGAACAAGUGCAUGACGAGCAAGCAUGCGAGAAGUGUGCGCUCGCUGACAGGAUGAAUAAGCUCAACAUCCAGGUUCACGAGUGGCCCCUUCCAUCAGAUUCGGACAAGGCGAAGGCCAUCAUCUUUGAGCUCCAUGUUCCAAUCUGGUUCGCUCACUGGCGAGAUAUCACGGCUUGCUUGAUUCUGGACGUGUUCAAGGCGAGACAGUCAAAGACCCUUCCGGUCACUGCAGGAUGGUCCUUCUACGACGAUUUCCAUUUGCAAGAUCAUAUGUCCGGUGGGAAACACCGCGUGGUCCUUUGGUCGGAGAGUAAGGCACAGAAGAAGACGCACUUCAAGCGAAAGUGGCUGAACAAGGAGCCGUCGGUCGAUGAAGUCUGCGUUGAGAACGGCCUCAAAUACCGCUACUCCGACGCGUAUUCGAAGUGCUUCUUGACCGGGUUUGUAACAACACAGAAUCUUCCAAAAGAUUGCAUGUAUCGUCUCCCAAGCCGGGCAAAGGCCUUGGAGUCCUUCAUCUACAGACCUCCAAGCAGCGCAAAUGGACCGACGCCGAACAGCGUCAUCUCCAGCCAGACCGUCUUCCCCGAGCACCUGAAGGCCAAUGAGUAUGCAGAGCUUGCUUCUCUCCCACUUGGACAUCGCAUACAGUGGAUGAAUAUUCUCGUGCAGUUGCGAUCCCCUGGAGUCGAUUGGAAGAAGGAGGAGACUGUCAUGUUUGUGUUACAAUGCAUCGGGCAGGCAGGGCCUCCAGGUACAACUGCAAUCCGUCCUGGACACGAGACCGCAUCACGCGACGAUUUUGCAAAGCAAAUGCUCGCAGCACUCGAAGAGUGCCUGGAAAAGGUCAGGGAGAAUUGGGAGUCCGCAAACGCUCUCAUCGUGUUUUCAGCAGUAGCUUGGCGAUUGAGGAUGCUUAAUACUACUUCGAAGCACAUUCGCGAUGCGUGCGUUGCCUUCAUCUCGAAUGUGAUAGCAGUAGCAUUUGAGUGGGUGCAGCGCCUGCGUACGAGAUCACAAGAAGCAGCAACUUCGGCAGACAGGACAGAGUUCCGGACAAAGACCAUCGAAUUGGCUCUGAUUUGUGCGACAUGCUUCAGUGGUGACCAGGAGGCGCUCAUCACAUUAUCAAGCAACGAGUCUCUGGCGUCAGCAUUUUUCCAAUGUUGCAUGAUCAUCUCGGAACGCGUACUUCGGAAGGCCACCACUGAAGAGUCCAUCUGGUCCCUGCUCUACCUGCGCUUCAAGCGGCUUCUUCGCCAGCGCUAUCGGAUCCUUAGGCACGACUUCACUGGCCUUGACACUGCCGUUGCGCGUGUGUGGUCUAUACAUCAGGCCGAUCUUCAGGGAUGGACUUCCGCCCAGGGCGAGAAAUCUCAUUGGCUCGUUGCCCAGCUUAAGCCAGCCCAUGGAGAUAUGAUGGUUGUUCAUUACAACCUUCUGACAGGCGAGUUUUUGGUUGAUGGCGCCCGCAUACAGCGUCUUCCAAGAUCAUACCAAGAUCAUCCACUCUACAAGACUCUCUUCGGGACUUCAGACGUAGAAGUGUUGCCCUGCAAGGUUCCAGGCAUGCGAUUCUCCACAACUACUACCUGGGACGGCUUCCAUGUGCACUUAGGCUGGAAAGAUGGCGACAUACUGGUGAAGGCCUGGCGUGAAGGUCAGUUGUACCAGUUGGUGCCGAGUCGGGUGCUCCAGGGCAUUUACGCCAGCUCUUUCCAGGCCAAAUACAUCCACUGGUUCAACGAGAGCACACACACUGUGGAGUUUCGCCCAGCGGCAGAUCCGUGGAAGACUUCUCCAACUACAUGGACGCUGCACGCUGUCAGCCAUCAUGCCUGGGAACUAAGCCGAGGUGACACGCGUGUCCUGGGUCUGCGGAACCGCUCCGCCAGAGAGAUAUCCACAGCUCUUUCGCCCAUUGCGGAGCCGACCACAGUGCACAUGACGCUGGAUCCUAACAACCGACUUGAGAUCGAAUUAUCGGAAACCAAGACAGGGUUCUUUCUGAACGCUCAGUCAGCGCAACUGUACUCAAGGGAAUUUCCAGGAAUGAUUGUGGCCGAGGAUCAGUCGCUUGGGACGCUGAUAGGCUUCUCUAAUAAGCUCAUACUUAAGCACGAGAAUGGCACGCGACGUGUGUUGGUGCUUGAAGGUCCCGUCUCGUACAAGAGACGGCUGAAUCAUGUCGAAGUGACAAUCGACAGAGCUCGUGCUGGCAGAGUCCACGAUCUGGAGAUUGACGAGAGACUGGGCGUGUUGAAAGAUCGCGGCAGUUUGCAAUGCAAGCUCUUCCUUGCGCUUUUGCACGCGUUGACGUCCUAUUGCCUAGCAGAUCCAGCCACGCGGAAGACUGGAACCGAGCAGGCGCUGACGAUCUUGAGGUCAGCGGCAACGCGCUCUUUCGAGUAUUUGAACGAGCACAACAUCGAACUGCUGAUGGCAAUUUCCCGCAUAACGCCAGCACGAUCAUACUACCCUUCCAAAGAUGUAAGACCAAUGCAAUCUGUGGACUGGGAUCCCGACUUGAGUUCUCUCUCUCAACAUGGCGGACUCUACAAAGCCGUGGAGGCAAUUCUCGAGCAGGCCGAACAGUCGAGUGUGUUCUUUGCGGACUCACAAAAGGUGCCAACACUAGACCAUGCAGAACCGCAGCUUCUGGAGAGAGAUCUUAUACGCUCUUCAACCUUCAGAGUUGACGGAUUCGGUGCCGAGUACUUCAGUUCAGGACACGACCUCGAAUACCGUGGAAGAGAUCGUGACCAGGAUUCAGACAGAGCCAUCAACGCAUUCAUCGUGUCAAGCAUAGUCUUCGGCAAGAAAGACAAACUGCACUGGAAUGCACCAGCUAGAAGUAAACUGUGGCAGCUAGCACAAAGUGUGUCCACGGUCUACGGUCCAUUGGAAGCGCUGGACGAGCAGACCCUGAGGUUCGACUCGGGUCUCCUCGAAGGAUCUGGCGAGCAAUUGAUCAGAGUUAUGCCUAUGUUGCACGCCGCGCUGAAGAAUGCAGGCGAGCACAAGAUCAAUCGAUUUGAUUUGGCGAUGUGGUUGAGCUCAAUGGCAUUUGGCAUCGAGCCACGGCUUGAGGUCAUCCAAGCCGUCGCUCUGAUGUUCACCGUACCGUCGCUGCGGCGUCUUGAAAUCCCCAGGGUUAAAAGCUGGAGUCUUGCCGAUGGCCAUACGAUCAACUACGAUAUCAAGGUGAAACUCAUUAAAGAGGUACUGGAGAACGCAGUGGUCGACUUUUCAAACAGCCCUGCUGUCAAGAUCCCUCGGAAACCCGAUCAGAGCGAGCAAGCGGCGCAGGAGUCUCGAGUCCACAAGUACGACCUUUGCAUCAAGAACGCCGCCAAGGCAGUCGUUGAGUCCAGGUGGAAAUCAUGGGAUCAGGUGGGCGCCAACACUAAUACCAGAAUCGGUCUGGAGCACUUGCCGUAUCUAAAGCGGCAGGAGGCUGAUCAUAUCAUCUCGACCAAAUUUCAGGUGUUACGGGACAAUGAAGCCCUGCAAAGCUACCUUUAUCAAGUUGAAAUGAGCCUGUCCGAAUUUCGGCAAGAAGAACAAGAUCCACCUUUUUGGAAGCAGGCCCCGGAAUUGUCCUGGCACGAGUACGAGUGUGGAUAUUUCUCUGUCGACGACUUGUUCUCCAAAGUGGCUCCGAAUCUUCCGAGCGCAUUGCCCGUGCUUCCAUUGGUCGACGAAUUGGUUGCGAAUGUUUCAGCGCAAGAGGCGGACCAUCAGUGCAGCCUGGCCAAAUUGGUGGGUCGGUUCGAGCGGAUAGCGACGACAUACGAGCAGGAUUAUCUGAAGGAUCUCCGUAAGAGCGCAAAAUCCUUGGGCAUUCACAGAGCAAGUCAGCGGUCCGCACAGGGGGUGCCUGCUUGCGACGUUCUUGAGACGUUCCGCAAUCGUUCCUACGAGCAUCUUGAGCAUGUCCAGAGCGAGCUCAAUCAGGCGAUGACCGCUGCUUGCGUGUCGAGGCUGCUCGAUUGCAACGAGAUCGACACUGCCACCAUUCAAGGACAUAAGUUCACCGUACAUCAUCUUCCAAGAGUGUCACCGGUCUUCAUUCUCGGACAAUUAAACAGACAACGCUGGAGUAAAUUAAGCCCGGCAUGGCAGACUUGCAUUGUUCAGUAUGCUCUUGCGACAACCACACUCCAGCGCGCUGAGCGACUGCUUGUAGCUCACAGUACUCCCGGGUGGCCGGGGCUUCUUCGAGAGUUGGCCAAUCCUGGGCACACCAACUGGAGCCCUUUCGAAUAUCCGGAAACACUGCUGCUCGAGGCAGAGGCGAACAUCCUCGUUCGAGAUGUUCAGGAGCAAAUUGCUUCUGAAAUGCGAAGUCCUCCACGUUUCACACAGAACGCCGUUCUCCAGCUAAGCAUGGGAGAGGGCAAGUCGUCCGUCAUUGUGCCAAUGGUUGCAGCAGCUCUGGCGAACACAUCGCAACUGGUGCGUGUAGUGGUGGCGAAGCCCCAAUCAAAACAGAUGGCCCAGAUGCUGGUCUCGAAGCUAGGCGGCCUUCUGAAUCGGCGGCUCUUCUUUAUGCCGUUCUCGAGAGCAGUCAAGCUCACCAAGUCGAAGAUCAAGGCCCUGGAGAGACUUUGCAAAGAAUGCAUGGCAGAAGGUGGAGUGAUGCUGUUGCAACCCGAGCACAUCAUGUCAUUUAAACUCAUGGGACCGGAGCUGUUGAUCAACGAUAAUGCGGAACUUGGGCGGGAUGUCCUUCGCAUUCAUGACUGGCUGGACAUGAAUUCUCGCGAUGUCAUAGAUGAGUGCGACGACAUCUUGGACGUGCACAAUGAGCUCAUCUAUACGAUGGGCGCUCAGCGACCAAUUGAGAUGACUCCUCUGCGCUGGACAUGCAUACAGCAAGUCUUGGAUUUGGUCAAGCUGCACGCGUCGAACCUGGCAUCCUCUUCCGGCCUGGAGUUCCAAGAUCGCGGUACUGGAUGCUUCCCAAGAAUCCGCUUUCUCGACCACGAGACCGGAGAUGAGAUCAUGAGACGGGUAGCUCGUCAAGUUUGCGAUGAAGGCCUGCGCGGAUUUCCCGCGCCACAUCAGACGAGUGCGGCUCGGGAGAGCUUGUACACGUAUAUCACGCAUUACGAGUUGAGCAAAGACCAGAUCCAAGCCGUUGAGAAUGGGCCACUAUGGUCGAGUCAGUUCAGGAGCAUUCUGCUGCUGUUGCGCGGCCUGUUUGCGACCGACAUCCUCGCUUUUGUUUUUGGCCGAAAGCGUUGGCGUGUUAACUACGGUAUCACCAACCGUGAACCGCCUACCCGCUUGGCUGUGCCCUAUCGGGCCAAAGACUGCCCAACAAUGCGCUCUGAAUUCAGCCAUCCAGACGUCGUCAUACUCUUGACUUCCUUGUCGUAUUAUUAUGGUGGUCUCAAUGACGAGCAACUUUUCCUGACCAUGGUGCAUCUCAAGAAGGCCGAUGCGCAGGGCGAAUACCGUUCAUGGACCGCAGCGACCUCUUUGCCGAAAGAAUUUUGCCACCUUGACGGCGUAAAUUUGAGCGAGAAGGCAGCUUGCACAUCCGUGGUCUUUCCCCAACUCCGCAAGGUGAAAGGUGCGAUCGACUUCUUCCUCAGUCACGUGGUUUUCCCCAAGGAAAUGCGUGAAUUUCCAAACAAGAUGUCAGCAUCGGGCUGGGACUUAGGAAAAGUCAAGCGUCUUCCCACAACUGGCUUCAGCGGAACCAACGACUCAAAGGAUCUUCUACCACUGGAUGUAACCCAUUUAGAUCUUAAGGAGCAAGCGCAUACAAAUGCCCUCGUCCUCGGUAACCUUCUGCACGAAGACAAUUCGGUUGCGUUGAUGGGUCCUGCAGACGAAUCGAGCGGCUCUACGGAUGCAGAGAGACUUCUGGACAUGGUCGUGAAUCUCCCGGACAGCCCAGACGUCAUUCUCGAUGUGGGCGCGCAGAUUUUGGAGCUUGACAACCUCGCCGUUGCCUCGGCAUGGUUGGCCAAGCGUCGAAACAAAAAGGCUGCUAUCUACUGCAAUGAGAAUGAUGAGCUCACUGUCGUGGAUAGGAAGGGCGAUUCAGAGCCGUUCCAGACAUCCUCAUUCGUCGCCCGGACAGACGAGUGCCUCGUCUACCUGGACGAAGCUCAUACUCGGGGCAUAGACAUCAAGCUUCCAUCCUACUACAGAGCCGCCUGUACCCUUGGUGCCAACCUUACGAAGGACAGGAUCUGCCAGGCAGCCAUGCGAAUGCGUCAACUUGGACAAGGACAGAGCGUAGUGCUCUGCGUGUCGAAUGAAAUCCGUUCGAAGAUCCUGGCUUGUACAAACAAGCACCCCGAGACAGCGAUAGAAGUCAUCGACGUGCUACAUUGGGCUAUAGCCGAGUCUUUUGCUUGGUUACGCCGCUCCAUCGCUCUCUGGACGACGCAGGGCCAUCGAUUCGUGUUGCAGGAAAGCCUGUGGAGAGACGUGUGCAUCGGCGGUAAAGAUUCGACUGCUCUCACGCCAGGGCAAGCUCAAAAAUUCUUGGAACCAGAGGCCCGAAGUAUCUCCUUUCGUUAUCGGCCGGGUAGAGCAUUCGAAGAUCAACUCAAGAAGCUGGAGGAUCAGGUUGCGCAAUUCGCCGAGCCAACGCAAAGCAGACUUCGGAGUGUCAUAGACCACUGCAAGCGAUUUGGGCGGGCCGAGCAGGGUUCUCGUAGGCUACAGGAGGAGCAAGAGCGCGAGUUGUCACCCGAAGUCGAAGAAGAGGCCGUCGUUGAGAGGGCUCUCCCAGCAGCACCUGCGAGGCACGAGUUCUCCAAAGAUCUGAGGAAGCUUGUGCAGACAGGCAGGAUUCUGCCGGGUGGAUCAGCGGCGUAUGGGCCUGCCUUUGCUUCCCUGCGAGAUACAAGCGCGGCCCGAGAGUUCAAUCCUGCCGUCUUAGACACCAAAUGCGGCCUUCGUUUGCUGGUCACCGCAGACUUCGCGAGAACGGUGGAAAAGCAGCCAGGCUCUCCUCAUACAUCCGACGCCUUCCAGCGGCAUGUCCAGUGGAUCUUGACCAUUCGCAAGGACCCACGAGAUCUGCUCGCAGACGCCGCAAUCAUGCUCAGCCCAUUCGAGGCUCACAUGCUUCUCGACGAUGUCCGUCGCUCGGAAUACGCGGCUCUCCACUUGUACAAGCCUCGCUGCAGCGAGGCCCAUCCUGCUCUUGACAGAUUGGAUCUGUAUACGAUAUCGAAGGCGACUACGAAGCCUGUGCUGCCUCGGCAGCUCAGUGCGGCACUCAAUGUCUUUGCGGGACAGAUCUACUUCGAUUCGUACGAAGAGUAUCAGGAGACAUGUCGAUUCCUAGGUUUGGCAUCGGAGAAGGCGAGACCGGAGUGGAAAGUCACGGGCAAUGGGUUCAUACUGAGUGACGGCACCGCGUCCGGCGAGAAGACUCAGCGCCAGAAUCCGGUCGAUUUCCUGAAGGUGCUCUUGAUGAAAGUGCGGCGUAACGUCGAAUUCGACAAGUCGCACAUGGCGCGUGUCUUGGAGGGAGAUCUGCUGGUGCCGACAGAAUUCGAGUCGCGGUGA